AUGGCCUUCCCCCUCCCGCGGGGCAUUAUGCCCCCGGAGAUCGCCUUCCUAGCGGAGAUGGAGACAGUGACGGUCAUGCCCCGUCAGCGCUUGGAAGGCCUCGAACUCCUUGGUGGCCCAGUUGAACCUCUCCUUCCUCCACGCCGCGCCUCACUCCCACUCUGGCUCGCUCUUCUGCUCAAACGCCAACGCCGCGCAAACAUCCUUCCACCCGCAUGGCUGCACCCCGAAGCCCUAUCCUUGAUCCUCGAAAUUGAAACACAGAAUACCGAAUUUGAGAAUGCUUUUUCUCCGCCUCCCCCGCUACCCGGACAGCCGAGUCUACGAGAUCGCAAUCGCGGGCAAAGACCAACAGCCAAGGCCCGCCAUACACUGGAUGGCGAGCGAUAUUUCCCCUCGCCGCCGUUUCUACCGCAGAAUGUCGCACAGGACCACAUGCCGGCGGGUGAGCCACCUGCGCUGCCAUACCAUUGGUUGGAGGUGGGUAAUAUGCUCCUCGACGCAGCGAGCGAUGAUCUCGUCGACCCGGAUCAAACCCGGCGGCUGCUGAAGGAAUUGCGCGAAGUCCGCAUGGCAAAGAUACGGUCUGGAGUGGAUGUCUUAGACGCUGCUGCUACUGGCGGAGGCGGAGUGGCUCUCACUGGUGUCGGUGCAAUGGAGACUGGCGAGGCGCGAGGAUUCGUAACGGGUGUGGUAGAUGAGCUCAGGAAAAUCGGUGCAUCGAAGGAGCAAGCUCGCCGGGAACAGAUGGCCGAGGAAAUGGCUAAUGGCGGAUAUGAUGCCACGCAAGAUGACGAAGAUGAAAUGGAAUUCUAA